AAGAAAAAAGUGGCAAAUGGAGAGUGGCGUCGUCCUCUCCACAAAACCCAGUAGCUGCUUCAUCUCCUCCUCCAUUCCUCAGUUUCAGUCAUGGCAUCCCACGGCCUCUAAUCUUCUACCUCACAGCUCACUUGUCACCGUCAGGUAUCGCCGUUGGGACUCGAACGCCGAAUCCCCUCGCUCCCGAAGAUUCGACUUCAAUUUUCGAGACCGAAGCGACGCCGAAGAAGAUGAUUAUGAUGAAUAUUCUAGAAGCAGGGAAAAGAAGCGGUGGUGGUGGUCGGUUGAGGGAGAAGAAGAAGACGAAGAAGAAGAUAUAGAAGGGCCUGGGAUUCUGGAGGCAGCUCUUGAUAGUGUCUGGAUUUUCAAGGUGUUCAAAUCCUUUGGUUGGAUGCUCCCUCCCAUUAUCAUAUCCACACUGCUAGCCAGUGGUCCGAAAGCUUUCCUGAUGGCAUUAGCAAUCCCGCUUGGGCAGUCAGCAUUGUCUCUUAUAUUUGAGAAAUUGUGGGGAAGGACAAAAGGCAGGUCAAAACGGAAGGCCAGGAUGAGGAGAAAACCAUUUGCAAAACCUGAGAGCAAUGUUGACACGGAGGAGGAAAAUGAAGAAGAACAAGAAAGCCCGGAGGCUGGAAAAGGGAAGAUGGGGUACCAAUCUUGGGCUGUUGGUAAUGAGGGCCCAGUAGAUAAUGAGAGAGCACAGGGUGCAGCAAGUUUUGGUGGAUGGGAUGACUUGGAUAGAGCAGCAACAACUCGAGGACCCUCACAAGGGAUGGGUCGUAAUCCUCGAAGGACUAAAGCGGAGAAGAGCAAGUUGAGUAGGAGGGGGAGAAGUGAGACACCAUUGCUAUUGAGAUUGUUAAUAGCUGUUUUCCCAAUUUUAGGUUCUUGGACUAGGAUGCUCUAAGACGGACAAAACAGUGUAGCACCCGUCAAAUAUUUUUGAUUGCUGUUUUGUGAUAUUUAGGUUCUUGACUAAGUGUCCAAGUGAUUUUCACCCAGUCAAGAGAAAAGUUAAACCGUGACACACAUGACAUGAACUGCUGUGGCCAGGUCUCCAGACUUGAAUGCGAUAUUUGUCCCAAGUUCUUACAUGACCACCUCUUAUUUGAAGUUUAAUCAGUUUAAUCGAAAUGAGUGACUUGGAAGAGCCACUGUGCAAUUAUGCUGCUGAUUAGUUGGUCGCGUGUACUUUCAUUGGGAUGAAUGGACUGUUUCAAGGUUUGCUGUCUUCUUUUUUUCACCUCAAAUGUUGAUGAUUCAAUGUUUUCACCACUGAUACAUUUUGGUUGCAUAAAGUUGUGGAAGUGAUACUCAAGCUAGUUACUUGUAGGUUGUAACAUAUAUUGUUUAUAUACAGUAUUUGAUAUGUAGGGGCUACUCGUUUACUCAA